CAGAGAACCGCUCCCUUUUCUCUAUAGUGAGCAGCAACAGCAUUUACUGCGAUCUGAGCUGACUGUCACAGGACUCUGGUGGAUGGAAGAAUACACAGGACAGCAUGGAAGUGAACUACCUUUUAUCAGCAUCAGAAACAAUUUUUCUUAAACAUGGAGUUUCUUGUGAUAACUGCACUGCAACAGAGCUCAAAGAAGUUGCUCUUCUACAUUUAAAUAAGCAGCUUUUGAAAGAAAUAAAUAUUAUACAAUACUGCAUAUCACUCAAAAUCUGUAUCUUAAGUAACAAUUACAUAACAAAUAUUGAUGCCCUCCGAAGAUGCUGCCAUAUCACUAAAUUGGAUUUACAUGGAAAUCAGAUCAAGAAUCUUCCAGAUAAGGAGUUUUGGAGUGAAUUGAAAGAACUAAAACUUCUUUAUCUACAUGAUAACCAAAUUGGUAGUUUAAAGACUGUUGAAAAAUUGUCUGUGUGCCCUAAUCUAAAAGGUUUAACUUUAUAUGAUACACCUUUAAGCCUGCAUAAACACUACAGACAUUCUGUAGUCAACAGUAUAUGGUCACUCAGUGCCCUGGAUAAAUAUGCCAUUUCAGAUGAGGAAAUUGUGGAAGACUGGUCCCUUCCAGACAGGUUUAAAGCGUUAUCUCCUCAUUUUCGUGUGAAUUUGUUUCCUGUCCCUAACAGGGAUAUUUGCUUCCAGAGUGAAAUACUAUCUGUAACAGCCAUUCUUACAAACAUCAAUCAUAUUCUAGCUAAUCAUUCUCCAGUGCUAAUUCUUCAGAAACAUAUAAGAGGUUAUUUAACGAGAAAGAAACUUGGCCUUAUUUCUCACCUGAAAAGGCAACGAGAUGAAAUACAUAUCUUUCAUGGACCAAGAAAAGAGGAUAUAAGUAAUGCUCAGAAUACAAAAAUCCUGACACAUAACUUUCUUACAUUACCCUUUUGUGGGGAUGGCAAAAAGCUACCUAUAAUAAAACAGGUAUUGAGACCAGGUGACUGCACACCUGACAACGAUGAAGUGGUACAUAUAAAUGUAGAUCUAAGAAAAUUACAUAAGGAUGCAAUUGGGCAGGUGCCCCUCGAAGUAAAUAAUAUUUAUGGAGCAGAGAAUGAAAAACAAAACCCUAUACCUUCCACUGAAACAGAAUUAAUAAGGGAUGAGAAAACACAUAAAGAAAGCAGAUCAAAACUAAGAGGUCAGGCAGAGCAAAGCCUAGCAAUAGAGAGCAAUACACAGUUUAGACUGUUUGGAUUGAAAGCAAUUGUCCAUGAGUCAGACCCUUUAAAAGAAAAGCUCAUAUCUCAUGAAGAGUCAGCAAGAGAUAUUCGUCACUCAAUUCAACAACUUCAUUCAAUUCUGCCGACUAAUCCCGAACCAGUGUGUCAUGUACAAAAUGAGUUGGCACGUAGAGCUUUUGAGGAAACAAGUGGCUCUUUGAAUCUGAAACCAUUAUGGGCCGUAGACAGAGCUUUUGAAAAAAGGUUGAAAAGUGACAAUCAUGUUCAAAAAAGGGAUUUGGUUAGACAGAUGCACUUUGGUAAACAGCAAGCAACAGCUAACAUUGAAGAUUUUUUACAAGAGAAACAAAGACAGUCUAUGGAACAAAAUGAAAAGUACUGCACUCAAAUACAGCAACAUAAACAACAGAAUCAGCUGACUAAAUGUAACUUUAUUGGAAAAGUUAGGAAGAAUCAUAAUAAAUUCAUUCAAGAGAAGGAGCUGAAAGUAUCAGAGCACUCAUUUGUCAAAGAAUUUAAUACAAGACUCACAUCUGUAACCAAAACUCUGCAAAAACAUGACAGAGUGAUGAAAAAUGACAAGGAAAUGCAAGAGAAGACCCAAGUACUGCAGGAUUUUAAACAAAAGACAGACAAACAGAAACUGUUAAACAAAACCCUCAAAGAGCAAAGAAAUCUUGUGCUUCAAGAAGAAAAUUCUUCAGAAAAGAUAGCCCUUGCAUCCCAUACCCUUCAGGAAUCCAGCAGUAGAUUACUCGAAGCCCGGACUCAUGUACGGACGUUAAAGGAACGUCAGGUUACUGCAGAACCUAUGGUUACAAUACCUGUUGAUCAAUCUGUUUGUCAAAAAGUUGCAUGCCUGUAAUUAUAAUCAUGUUAAUAAAACUGAAAAAUGCUUAAAUAUUA